AAGAUAGCGCCAUUGGACGUGAACAAAGAAGAUCGACUCGAGUUAGGUGCUGGGCCUGGUCCACCGAGCUCAAUCAAUCUGUUGCCUACCUGCCCAGGUUUAUAAAUUCCAACUAGGGACCGCCCAGUCGACGAUCCUACAGACAAUCAUCGUUCUCAUCUUUACUCCUACCAUCAAGAUGAAGCUCCUUCAGCUAUCAUCAGUGCUCCAUUUCCUGACUCUUAGCUCAGCUCUUACUAUCCCCUUAAAUCGUCGCAAACAUUCUAAUGACGCCUUAGCCCACACUGCCUCCCUCCUCGCAACCGGGGGCGGGCACAAUUUCGAUGUCGACGUUGUUGUCGGCGCCAACAACCAAACCUUCAAGCUCCUGGUGGACACAGGAAGCAGUGAUCUCUAUAUCAUGGGAGACGGCUUUACCUGCAUCAAUGCCACCAGCAACCUGACUAUCCCCCAGGCGGACUGUAAAUACGGCCCAGAGACGUACACCCCCUCGUCGAGCUACCAACAGGUUCCCAACGAAACGUUUGGAAUUGAGUAUGGAGCCGGCCUGGCAAGCGGCGUCAUGGCCUACGAAGACAUUACGAUUGCAGGAGUCUCCGUGCGCUCCAAACUGGCAAUCGCAGACGUUUCUGAGCCGAUGGGUCGGGAAGGGAUCAGCAACGGGGUCUUAGGCCUUGGCUAUCCCAGCUUGACAUCGGCUCAUCCGGGCACAUCCGUCCCCAACGACACGUACUUCUACAACCGGGCGGUGUAUAGCCCGGUGUUCAACGCUAUGUUUGAACAUGGCCUGGUGGAGCCGUACUUCAGUAUUGCGCUGGCGCAUACCUCGCGGGAUAGCAUCGCCACAUUUGGAGGCUACCUCACCCUGGGUGACCUGCCGCCGGUGGAGCCUAAGUCGGACUUCAGCACCGUUCCAGUGGAAGUCCUGAAGAACAUUCCGGCUGAAUUCACAUCGGGAAAGCAACAGAGGGCCUAUUGGGCUUUUAACGUCUCCGGCGUGAAAUACGGGUCGUCGGGAGAAGAGGAAGCUGCUCUCAAGACUGACACUAACCCCUGGCAAGUGUUCGUGGACACCGGAAAUGACUUCUCUAUCCUUCCUGAGGCAGUCGUGGACCCAGUGAACAAACAAUUCUCCCCCCCAGCCGUCUGGAACGACCAGUUGAAGGCUUAUGUGGUCGAUUGUGACGCGAAGGCGCCGGAGUUCGGUGUGACGAUCGGGAACCAGACCUUUUACCAUGCCGCGGAAGAUCUGAUCUAUGAUGUUGGAGAGGGGGUCUGUGUCUCGGGUUUAUUGCCAGCAGAGAAGGUGGGGAUGAAAUACAUCGUGGUAUACGUCUUGGGAGCGCCCUUCUAUAAGAAUGUUAUCGCCGUGCAUGAUUUUGGAAAGAAUGAGUUGAGAUUUGCCCAGAAAUGACGCACGGAUUCUUCAGCAGGAGAGCGA